UGGCUAAGGGCGUGCCAGGGCCAGAGAAUGCUCGCAAUCAAGGGGAGCUACAUUGUUGCUAAGUGCAAGGAUGAGUCGGAUCCCCAGUGAGGCUUAGACAGCCUGGGGAAGGGGGAGGCGAAAGCUAGUGCGCUGUGAAGCCAAGAGGAGGGAGAGGGAGGAGAGUCCGCGCUGAGCUGAGGGAGGCACGCGCGGCGGAGCGAACACCCACUCGUAUCCGAGCCCGGCGGUGCGGCGCGGGAGGCAGCAGCUGAGACAGCAUCAGGUCAGAGCCUCUGCAUCCCGCCCAGUCUGUCUCCGGGGCCCGGCGUCAGGGCUUCCAAGGAUGGAGGGUUCCCGAGAGACUUCACCGUCCUCCAACAACUCCUCGGAAGAGCUCAGCUCUUCCAUGCAGCUGUCCAAGGGCAUGUCCAUCUUCCUCGACAUACUGAGGAGAGCAGACAAAAAUGAUGAUGGAAAGUUGUCCUUCGAGGAAUUUAAAGCCUACUUUGCAGAUGGAGUUCUCAGUGGAGAAGAGCUACAUGAGCUCUUCCACACCAUUGAUACACACAAUACCAACAAUCUUGACACAGAAGAACUAUGUGAAUAUUUUUCUCAGCAUUUGGGUGAAUAUGAGAAUGUACUGGCUGCACUUGAAGACUUGAAUCUCUCCAUCCUGAAGGCAAUGGGCAAAACAAAGAAAGACUACCAAGAAGCCUCCAACUUGGAACAAUUUGUCACUCGAUUUUUGUUGAAGGAGACCCUGAAUCAGUUGCAGUCUCUCCAGAACUCUCUGGAGUGUGCCAUGGAAACUACUGAGGAGCAAACACGUCAAGAAAGGCAAGGGCCAACCAAGCCAGAAGUCCUGUCCAUUCAAUGGCCUGGGAAGCGAUCCAACCGCCGAGUCCAGAGACACAACAGCUUCUCUCCCAACAGCCCACAGUUCAAUGCCAGCAGCCCAGCAUUGUUAGAAGAAGACAACCAGUGGAUGACGCAGAUAAACAGACUCCAGAAAUUAAUUGAUAGACUGGAAAAGAAGGAUCUGAAACUGGAGCCCCUGGAAGAAGAAGUAAUUGAAGCGAACACUAAAGCUCACAUCAUGCUUGUGCAGCGCCAGAUGUCUGUGACUGAAGAUGAUCUGGAAGAAUUCCAGCUUGCUCUCAAACACUAUGCGGAGAGUGCAUCAGCCCAAAGUGGCUGCCUGCGUAUUUCUAUACAGAAACUUUCAAAUGAAUCUCGCUACAUGAUAUACGAGUUCUGGGAGAAUAGCAGCGUGUGGAAUCGCCACCUCCAGAUGAAUUACAGCAAGACAUUCCAAAGAAGCAAUGUGGAUUUCUUGGAAACCCCAGAGCUCACCUCAACUAUGCUAGUUCCUGCUUCAUGGUGGAUCCUGAACAAUAAUUAGAUGCCCCUAUACAAUGUCUUCAUUGUUCCAAGUAAAAGUGUUCUUAUUUAAGAAGUAAACUGGAAUGUUCUCUGUGGUUGUCAAUCUGCUGCGCACUUUUGUUCAAUGUGUCAUAUAGUAUACACUUGUAAAGUACAGUCUGUAACUAUUUCAACUGUUACUCUUGAUAUUUGAUGCUAAUUGAUUUGCUACAUUGUGAUCAAUCAUUAUAGUAAAAUCCUAAUGUAAGGACAUGGUAUGUAAAGUAAUAAAAUAUGACAAUUCUGUUAAAAAUGCUCCGUGAGAACUUCUAGAAUCUCAUAUCAUAGGCCAGGAUUUGUAAACGGGCAUACGCUCUUCAGCAGUGGUUCUCAAUCUUUGCAAUGCUGUGACCCUUGAAUACUGUCCCUCCUGUUGUGGUGACCCCCAAACCAUGAGAUUAUUUUGUUGCUACUUCAUAACUGGAAUUUUGCUACAGUUAUGAAUCAAUGUAAAUAUGUGAUAUGCAAGAUAUCUACUAUGCUACCCCAAAGAGGUUGUGACCCACAAGUUGAAAUCCACUGCUCUAAAGGAUUACAGCUGUGCUUUGAGACUUUUUUCGGUAAUACAUUUUUGUGUGCGUGAGACAGAGAAAUGUUGCUCUUCAUUAAGGUCCAUAGGGUCCUCCAACUAUUCUCUUUAUGAUUCCUUUAACAUUAACAUAAAUGCAUAAAACAACC